AAUAUGACGAAAGGAAGCCAAUUCAGUAAAAAUUCGUGUAAUGCGUUUAAUAAAGAUGUAAAACUCCGUUAUCCUGAUAACAAACAAUACACUCCUGAUUCAUUUAAAAUUAAGAAUGAGAAUAAUAAAGAAUUAAGGCAAUUUAAAAAACGCUAUAGUUCUAACAAUAAUUAUACGCCUACCUUAAUGCGUGAACUUGAAAUACUUAAGAAUACUCAUAAUCGUAAAUUACAAGAUUUUAGUAAUGAACUUGAAAAUCAGCGUGAUUUAAAACAUAUUAAACGCUCAAAAACAAUACCUUAUUAUUCCGAACAACAAAAGCCUCAAGAUUACGGAUGUUAUUCUAUGCAAUACUCUAAUUUGCAUACCUUACCCUGCUAUUAUUCUGCUAAUUGUGAAUUCAGUAUGCUUGUAGACAAACACCUUUGGUUAUAUCUUCCUGAACAGUUGGCCUUUUUAGAAGAAAAUAAUACUAAUGACAUGAACUUGGAAAAUCAGUAUUUUUAUGACAUAGCAAACAUUGUUGGACUACCAUCAAUUCACGAGGAUAGU